GGGAUUUCACUUUUAAAGUCGCCAAUAAAGAGGAGUGUCACGUAAACUCCGUGCAUUACUGAGCUCUCAUUUACAACUAUAGAUACAACACACAUAUAUACACACACAAUCAGAUGCAUUAGAGAGAGAUAGAGGGAAAGGAGAGAAACUGAAUCAAUAGAUCCAUGAAGUUUUUCUUCCCGGAGCUCGGUUUUUGUUUCGGCGGUACCGUCUUAACGCCGGCAACAGAAACUAUCUCCGCUGAUGUCUCUACCACUCGCCGUCGUGUAACGCAAGGUAAUUCAACGAAACAGUGGAGGCCGGAGCUUGCGGCGAUUGCAGAGGACGGUGGCGCGUUGAACGUGUGCAGACAGAGUCAUGAACCGACUAGUGUUGUCAGAUCUGAGAAGAAACCGUUGAACAAACCUCGAUCGGCCGGAAAAACUCGAUCUCAUUCAUAUGGCGGUGAUUUCAGGAAAUUGACUCAUGCCAUGGCGAUUCCUGCGUUUUCUCCAACUCCGUUUGUGUUCUGAUGAUGUUGAUGAUUGGUGGCGUCAUUUUCUUUCUCGUUUAUUCCUGGUGUUUAUAUAUAACCAAAUUUGUGGAUAAUUUUCUUUACUUGUAACGAACGAGACGCGAUAUUGAUGCUUGCUAAUUACCAUGUUAAGAAAUAUAAUAUGCCGAUUUCAAUAUCGUAACU